AUGCAUCAGGGGUUGACAUGGGACAGGUUCUUGGUGUUGUUUUAUGAUAAAUAUUUUCCCCAGAGUAUGCGAGACAAGAAGGUGACUGAAUUUGAAACACUGAGACAAGGAAACAAAACUGUUGCCGAAUAUGAAGCUCAAUUCACAGAACUAGCCCAGUUUGCACCUCACAUGGUAAAUACAGAAUAUAAGAAGGCACAGAAAUUCGAAGGAGGAUUGCGGGGUACUAUUCUGGACCGAGUUAAUGUGUUGAAGUUGCCUACCUACGUUGAUGUGUUAGAAAGGGCUGUUAUAGCAGAAGGAAAUAUUGCUGCUCAGACUCGGAUUUUUGAAUGGAAAGGAAAGAGGCAGAACAACCAAUGGUUCAAGGGGUCAACUACUCCACCAAACAAGAAGCAAAAUUCAGGGACCUACAGCACCACUACUUAUCCUCAAAAUUCAGCUCCUGUGUGUCCAGAAUGUGGAUGGAGGCAUCGUGGGAAUUGUCACCGAUUGUCUGGAGCAUGCUUUCGAUGUGGCAAAAUGGGUCAUUUGAUUAAAGACUAUCCGCAAAAGAAUCAACAAAUUGGUAAUAAGGCCGCCACAAGCUCAACAGGGUCUACACCGGCUCCUAAUGCCAAGUCAGCUGCUAAACCUGCUGACAAUAAGGACACUACGAGGCAAGGCAGGGUAUUUGCGUUGGUUCCGGGAGAUGUACAAAAUGCAACAACAGUGGUGUCAGGUACAUUUACGGUUCAUGGUCAUUCUGCUUACGUCUUAUUUGAUUCUGGCUCUACCUGUUCCUUUGUGUCAAAAUUAUUUGCGGAAAAAUUAGAUAAACCUGAAGAAGAAUUAACUUAUGUGUUGUGUGUAUCUUCACCUAUGGGAAAUUCCAUGAUCUGUACUUCUGUCUAUUCUGCUUGUGAACUUCUCAUUGGGGAUAUCCGUGUAUAUGCUAAUCUAUUACCACUUGACAUGACUUCUUUUGACAUUAUUCUGGAAAUGGAUUGGUUGGGUGAAUAUAGUGCCACUAUAGACUGUUUGACAAAGCAAAUCAAAUUUCACCCUCCGGGGCAAUCAUAA